AUGGCCGAGUAUUGGUUAGAGGCCACUGAGAGGAUCAUGAAUGUUUUAGACUAUACUCCCGAGCAGAAACUAAAGGGUGCAGUGUCUUUGCUUCGCGACGAGGCAUAUCAGUGGUGGUUAACGGGUAAGUACGUGAGGGCAAGCUAUGUGGAUGCUCAUAGGUGUGAGUUCAUGAAUCCCAUGCAAGACGAUAGAUUAGUGGCUGAGUAUGAGGCCGAGUUUCUAAGGUUAAGCCACUACGCUCGAGGCAUGGCGGCAUCUGAGUAUGAGAAAUGUGUCCAUUUUGAGGACGAUUUAAAAGAUAGUCUGAAGGUUCUGAUUGCUCCACAAAGAGAGCGAGAGUUUUCGGUUCUAGUUGAUAAGGCGAAGAUCUUCGAAUAG